CGUGUCGACGUAAUUAAUCGCCGAUUUUUACUACUGUUCCAUCCAUUACCGUUUCCCUUCUCCCUCUCUUUUCUUCCUCCCAUUCUCCGCUCGCUUUAUUCUUCUUCUACCUCACUGAAUCUGAGCUUGCUUUUUCCUCAUCCCAAAUUCUCAAUGACUCCUCCUCUUCCUUAGAUUCGUUCUCUUCCUCAUCAUUCCGGCGCCUCCGCAACUCGGAUAGAACAGAGGUAGCAGGAGAGCAGCCCAGACCAACCCCAGCGUUUUCUUCAGAGAAGCUUCGUCGUGUCGUCGCUAUUGUGGUCGUACUUUGUUUGGCCACAUCUGCAAAGCUCGUAACGGUUUUUGGUGAUAACAAACGACAAAGAUAAUGUGGUUAUGGAGUGCCUAAUUUAUUGUCUUUUGCCAAGUUCUGCAACAACCUUGCUUUUUACAUUUUAAGUCAUCUUGCAUUUUUGGGGAAGCAAGAGUAACUUGAUACACUACUACGUGGAUUUGGCUGAGUUUUGAGAAAGUUGAUUGGAAAGGGGAUAUAAUGGGGGCAAUUGGUGAGGAAGACCUGAUGAAAUGGGAGAAGAUGCAGGGAGCUAGUGGUCACGAAGAGAAGAUUCUAGUUUUGGUCAGGUUGAGGCCCUUGAGUGAGAAGGAGCUUGCAUCAAAUGAAGUAGCAGAUUGGGAGUGCAUCAAUGACACCACCAUCUUAUAUCGGAACACGCUGCGGGAAGGGUCUACAUUUCCAAAUGCAUACACAUUCGACAAAGUAUUUCGAGGUGAUUGCCCUACAAGACAGGUCUAUGAAGAAGGUGCCCAACAAAUUGCUCUUUCAGUUGUGAAUGGUAUCAACUCGAGUAUUUUCGCAUAUGGUCAAACAAGCAGUGGGAAAACGUACACCAUGAAUGGUAUCACAGAGUUUACAGUAGCUGAAAUAUUUGACUAUAUACAUAGGCAUGAGGAAAGAGCUUUUGUUGUUAAGUUUUCAGCGAUUGAGAUAUACAAUGAAGCUGUCCGAGACCUUCUAAGCACAGAUAAUACCCCACUCAGGCUACUAGAUGAUCCUGAGCGGGGGACUAUUGUAGAGAAAAUCACUGAGGAAACAUUGAGGGAUUGGAGCCACUUGAAGGAGCUUCUUUCUAUUUGUGAAGCUCAAAGACAGAUAGGGGAGACCUUAUUGAAUGAGAAAAGCUCUAGAUCACAUCAAAUUAUCAGAUUGGCAAUUGAAAGUUCAGCUCGUGAGUUCUUAGCCAAAGGAAACUCAACCACCCUUGCAGCUAGCGUGAAUUUUGUGGACUUGGCAGGGAGCGAGCGUGCAUCUCAGGCAUUAUCAGCUGGGACAAGAUUAAAAGAAGGCUGCCACAUCAAUCGCAGUUUGCUUACUCUCGGGACUGUUAUACGCAAGCUAAGUAAAGGAAGACAUGGACACAUCAACUACAGAGAUUCUAAGCUGACACGUAUACUGCAGCCUUGCCUGGGUGGUAAUGCUAGAACUGCCAUUAUUUGCACUUUGAGCCCUGCAAGAACACAUGUUGAGCAAACUAGAAACACCCUUUUGUUUGCUUGUUGUGCUAAAGAAGUGACUACAAAAGCGCAGGUCAAUGUAGUCAUGUCAGACAAGGCCUUGGUGAAGCAUUUGCAGAAAGAGCUAGCUAGAUUGGAGAGUGAGCUGAGAACACCCGGCCCUCCUUCCUCAGCGUCUGAUUAUGUAGCAUUACUCAAAAAGAAAGAUCUUCAGAUUGAAAAGAUGGAUAAAGAAAUUAGAGAGCUGACAAAGCAACGAGAUCUUGCUCAAUCACGAGUGGAGGACUUAUUGAGGAUGGUUGGAAAUGAUAAUGACUCAAAACAAACUACAGAUAGUCAUCAUCCUAAAUGGCAAGCCAGGGAUAUUUCAGAUGAUGAAUAUUCAGUAUCAGAGUCAUCAGGCAUUGCCGAUCCUCAUUAUUCAAAUGGCAUCAGAAAGUUUAGUAAUCUACAUUUUGAAGACAGAGACAGUGUGAACUCAUACACCCAGCUUCAGGAGAACUCUGAAGACCAGAGUCUAGAGGAUACUGUUGAAGGAAAUUCACAAGACACUGGUGACUAUUGCAAAGAGGUUCGCUGUAUUGAAAUGGAAGAGUCAAGAAUGGACAAGAACUGUGAAUCCCUUUCCUCAUCAAUUGUUGGAAAUGAAGGAACUUUCUCCUUGACAUUAGAUGGGGAUACAAGUGUAGCUGGUCAAGAAAUAAUCACCCACAUGAGUGAUAGCAGUAGGAUGCAAGAUGUACGAACAUCAGAUUUCUCAAGUUCUAGAAGCCUUAAGUUAACAAGGAGUUGGAGUUGUAGAGAAAGUCUCAUGACUGGUUCAUCUUCUCCUGAUAUAGGAGAGAGAACUCCGAGCAAUGGAUUUGAGAAAAGCUUUCCUGGGAGACCUGAAGGCUUUGGGAGGAAAGUUUCUCUGAUAAGUUAUGAUUCUAGCAUAAUGUUGUCAAGAAAUGAUUCUCAGUCUUCCAUUGGGAGCGCUAUGGAUGAGCUAGAGGCACAGAGUACUGCAGUUGGGGAUAUUACUAGUGUCCAUACCUUUGUCACAGGACUAAAGAAAAUGGCAAGAAAGCUCGAGUUUGACAAGCAAAUUGUCAACAGUGAGGACCAUGAAGCAGGAGCAGCUGGAAAGCUUGAAAAAAGUGUGAAAGACGUAGGAAUUGAUCCAAUGCUUGAAUUAUCGGAAACUCUUGAUUGGCCUCUGGAAUUUGAGAGACAGCAAAAGGCCAUCUUUGAACUUUGGGAGACUUGCUGUAUAUCAGUGGUUCACAGAACCUACUUUUUGUUGCUUUUCAAAGGUGAUCCCACAGAUUCCAUUUACAUGGAGGUAGAGCUCAGGAGACUUUUGUUCCUAAAAGAAACUUAUUCCCAUGGAGAUCAGGCCGUGGAAGAUGGUCAGACUUUGACUUUGUCUUCAAGUAAGAAAGCAAUUUCUCGUGAGAGACAAAUGUUAAGCAAGCUGAUGCAGAGAAGGUUUUCAGCACAAGAGAGGAAGCGUCUUUUUGAAAAGUGGGGUAUUGGACUGGACUCGAAGCGCAGAAGGCUGCAGCUAGCCAACCGCCUAUGGAGUAACACAGAGGAUAUGAACCAUGUCAAGGAGAGUGCUUCCAUUGUUGCAAAGCUGGUCAGGUUUGCUGAGCAAGGACAGGCCCUCAAGGGAAUGUUUGGGCUUAGUUUCACUUCACCAAAGGCUAAGCGUAGAUCCUUUGGAUGGAAGAAUAGCUCAGCAUCCCUUCUGUGAGGUAUAAACGUGUUGCUCAUAUUCCACUGAAAUUCUGUUAGAUAGGCCAUAUAGGAAUCAUCAUGUAGAUCUUAGUUGCUCAGCAGGUUAGAGCUAUGCUGGGUUUUGAUUUGGGUAGCAGCUUUUUGGCUGUGUUGUAUGAUUGUAUCUGUGAAAUGUACUCUGGAAUUUCGUUACUAAUUGCGCCAUGAAAUGU